AUGGACAUGUAUAAUUAUAACGCAGAUACUAUUAAGGCUAAUGUGUCCAUGAAUGGUACCUUCAGCCCAGUGCCCCAGAUUCCAAAGAGAUCUCAAGGUUCAGAUAAAGGAGCUCUUCGUGAGGGGAAGGUCAACAUGCUAAAAGCAGAGAGAGAAGAGACUAAUUACAGCACACUGAGGACAGAAAAGGACCAGCUACAGGCCAAUUACAGCACACUGAAGGCAGAGGGAGACCAGCUACAGGCUAAUUACGGCACACUGGAGACAGAGAGAGACCAGCUACAGGCAAAUUACACCAUACUGAGGACAGAGGGAGACCAGCUAAAGGCCAAUUACAGCACACUGAAGACAGAGAGAGACCAGCUGCAUGCUAAUUACAGCACACUAGAGACAGAGAGAGACCAGCUACAGGCCAAUUACAGCACACUGGAGACAGAGAGAGACCAGCUACAGGCUAAUUACAACACACUGAAGACACAGAGAGACAAGCUACAGGCUAAUUACAGCACACUGAGAACAGAUAGAGACCAGCUACAGGCCAAUUACAGCACAAUGACAGUAAAAUUUUCUCAGUUAGAGGAAAAAGUUAGACAUGUACAAGAAAACAGAUGUCCUGUGGGUUGGAACAGUUUUAAUCUAAAAUGUUAUUACAACUCUGACAAAAAGAACAACUGGGUCAACAGUCAGAGGGACUGUAGACAGAGAGGAGCAGAACUGGUGGUUAUAGACAGCAACGAGGAACAGAUUUUCAUCAGUCAAUUCCGGAGAGCCUGGAUUGGUCUGACAGACAGAGAACAUGAAGGGAACUGGAAAUGGGUGGAUGGGACACCAAUUACCAUAAG